UUCUUAAUUGUUUUGGCCGGACGAGGAUUUGGUUACCGAGAGUGUUUGAACGGUCGUCAGUGUAGUAGCUUUCUCUGUGCCUUUACUCUAAUGGCGGCAAUAUCCUCUGUUCAAUGCUUGUUCUCUUGCAAUUCUCAUCAUCAUCUUCAACGCGAGCAGAAUGGGUCGCUUUGGAGAAUGAGUUCUAGGGUUUUUGUAUCUUCGAGUCUGUGGAAGAUUUCUCUGCUUUCUGGAGUCGAUUUGAAGCGAAGGAGAACUUUGAUCUGUGCAGUCAAGGGAGAUCCAGAAGAGGCGUUUAAGAAGACUGUCGAACUCGAUAGGAUGAUUGAUGCUCUUAGAGAUGCAAACCCUAGAGAAGUUGAGAAGCUUGUUGUUGAAAAUAUCCUUGCUUUUGAUGAGGUUUUUUGGAUAAGACUUGCGGCUAGGUCUGAUACAUGCAAAUCAGAAGAUGACAAGAAGGACUAUGAGGAGUUAGCUACAACUGUGAUGACUAUAGUUGACUGCGUCGUGAAUAAGACUCGGGAAAAGAUAGAAACCUCUACUGAUAUUCUGAAAGGGAUUUUAAGACCUGCUAUAGAUGGAGUGGAAGAGAUUUCAUGGCCUCCAAAAGAUCCUGAAGCUAUCAAUCUGAUGCAAAAGGAAAUAAUACAAAGGGAAAAAGAAGGGCAAUUAGAUGAAGGGUUUCUUUCAGAAGUUAGUGCUCAGCUCCGGCAGGCAAAAGAAGAUAAAGACAAACCAGGGCUAUUAGCUAUGCUACAAAAAGUUCUCCAACUCUAUUCUGCCACGAUUCUCUCCAAGCGAAGCUACGCAAAGAAAGGGAACGAAGUUGUAAAAGCCGAGCAUUUUCUCGAAACUCUGAUCAAAGCUCCUGAGGAACAAUGGAACAAGCUUUUCGUAGACGGGUUAACAAUCGGAAAAGGAGAUAUCACGCCUGAUGAGCUAUCUGCUGUUAUCAAGAAACGAAUCGAGCGCACACUGAUUCGAACUGAAGGAGGUUCAUACCAGCAGCGAAUCUUGACUGAAUAUCUCAAAGGAAUCGAGUCAAGGGCAUUUGAGAUUAUGAAAUUACUUCAGGGUUAACUCCGUAAAUAUAUGUAUUUAUAGAUAUACAUAUCCAAUUUAUGUUAUUAUAAUAAAAACUCCAAUUUUUUUUUUU